AAAAAAAAAAAAAAAAAAAAAAAAGGGGAAUACAUCAUGGGUUUCUUCAUUGAAGACCUCUGGUCCAGCGUCUUCACCCCCGGUCCCACUCCAACCUUGCUCAUCGCAACCAACGUCACCUUCGCUGCUCUGCAGCUCCUCCUCUUCGCGCUCCUCUUGGCAACCUACAGCAUUCAUUUCUUUGUCCUCUCCUUCCUUUCCGGUGCGCUAUGGUGGUCGAUUAAUUGGUUUGCUGCGGAACUGAGUGCGGUGCAGGCCCAGGAGGCUCAGAAGGAAAAGGAAGGAAAGAAGUCCCAUGCGGACGGUAAACCGAGGUCGGGAGAUGCUAUGAAGACACCGGGGGCACUUGAUACCGACAGCGACACGGAGACUGAGGAACAACGGCAGGAAACACCUUUGCCUACAACCGCCGCAUCGGCUAGUCUUCAGCUGCCGGAGGAGCAGGGAGCCCGAAAGCGACACAGUGUGAGCGGGGACAGCUCGGGAUAUGGAAGCACAGAUAGCGAGUGGGAGAAGGUGGAUGAUCAGACUGAGUAGGGAUCUAGUGUCCGAUCCAAUCUGGAGGAGAUUUACCGGUCAUUCUUGAAUUGUCGUCUAGGAGUACGGAGCAGAGGCCUGAUUUGCUGCAUGUGGCUACUACGGAUGUACCUGUUUCGGAGUAUGCAAUGUGAUGCUGCAUGCAUAUCGUGUUCAUAUUCGUAUUGCGAUACCCAAUAGAGGCUGCUUGUCAUGGUGAUAGGCAUACUACAUAAGCAAAAUGACCUUGGUCUUGUGCCUUCC